AUGCAGCGGAUGCGGGUAGCCCCGGCGGUCAGGUGCUCCGACGGCCGGAGCCCCGGGUCUUUCACUCGCCAUGGCCGAGCGGUGCGGAGGCCCGGGGGCCUGCCUGGCCCACCUUUUGGCUGGGUUAGGGGUCCGGAGGGAGCACAGAGGGAAAGAAAUCUCGGAGGCCACAUCCCGGGAGAGGGACUGCCAGACUGCAAGACCCAGCUCCUAGCUGUAGGUGCCACUGGUUAUAUGACCCUGAGCAGAUUGCUUCACCUCUCUGAGCCCGUGCACUGGCCUCGGGAUAGCCGGAGCUGCUCUGACCUAGCCCAGGGUACCACCUGCAAUGUCAGCCUCAAGGCCCAAGGCCAGAGCUGCUCAGAAUGGGACAUCCAUGUAGGGGACCAUGAUGAUUUCUGGAUUUGGAAGCAACAAGGAAUCUCGGGGGGUCCUGCUCAGUCCCUGGGGCGCCUACAGAGGCCAGCGGUGGGCAGUGCCUUCGACCUGGCCAGCCAUGCCUCCCUGGGGCCUGAGAGUCUGGCCCUGGAAGUGGCCUCAGGAGAGUCUGCUCGUGCCAGGCUCCCCCCAUACCCAGGGCCUGCUCCUGGACAUGGGGAGCAGGGAUCCUCAGGCUGCACCUGUCAGCAGUCUCCACCCACAGCUUCAGAGGUCCCUCUGAGGCCUGAGCCACCCAGCAACCUGGAAGACGCGCCCCUGCUGCUCCACCCUGCAUCCUUCCCCAGGGCAGAGGGGACAAAGGGCAAGCCCGCCACCCCAGGGACUGCCUUGCCAGAGCCUGCCCAGACCCUACACACGCGUCCCUCUUCCAGGAGGACCCACUACUACAUCACUGUCACCCUGCUGGGGCACAGGCAAGCACCAGGGGAGGAGGGUGAAGAACCGGCCCAACCAGCUCCACACCUCUGCGGCCCUGAGGAAUCCGAGGGCUGGUGGGAGCCUCCCCAGGGGCCACGCCCCAUCACAGGGUGCCGGACGGCCCCGCCUCAGGAACCCCAGCUGAAAGCCCAAUCGCAUCAGGGGAGCAUGGCCCAGCAGCAGGAGCUCCAGGCUGGCUGGACACCUGGGUCCCCACGCAGACUGUGA